UCUAGAAAAUGAAGAACAAGUUUUGGAAGAACUUUCUGAAUUUGUAGAAAAAACUAGUGGAUUUUCAGCAAGUUAUUUGUGGGCAUUAAUGCUACUUUCAAUACUUGCAACAUCAGCUGCUAGCAAACAGAACUGGUCAUCUUUUAAUUUUCUACUUUCAAUUGAAGAUUUAAGGAAAAAAGGCUAUUUAAUUGAAAAUAAUGCCGUUAGUUUAAAACUAAACGAAACUAAAUUAAUCGAAGAAAAUAAUGUAGAUAUUUUUUUAUCUGAUAGUUCAUCACAUAUAGAUAUUAUAGAUUAUACAGAUAAAAUUAGCGAUAUAGAUAUUAUUGAUAAUGUAGAUUAUCUAGAUGAUAUAGAUGAUAUGAGCAUUAUAGAUAAUAUAAGUAAAAUAAAUAAUAUAGAUAGCAAUGAACAAGUAGAGCAGUUUAAUGAAGUGUAA